AUGGAAGGUGAACUGACUCAAGGUGAGCUGUACUCGGCCAUCAAGAAAGAGAGGGAGCAGACAGAAGCUGGAGACUCCAGUACUACAGCCUUCAGUGGGGAGAUGCACUUCUAUGAAUUAGUGGAGGACACUAAAGAUGGCAUUUGGCUGGUUCAGGUUAUAGCACGGGACCAGGAAGCUGUUCUCAGUCAGUCCAGUUGGGGAAUAAUGGUUCAGAAACUGUCUCAGUUUGGAAUCAGAACUGGGACCUUCAACUGCUCCAAUGACUAUAGGUCAUGUAUCAAACGUCAUUGGCAACACUCGACUCUCAUCAUGUCGGCUCCUCAAACCUCAGCUUCCAAGGGUAAAGUCAUGCUAAAGGAAUAUUCUGGACAAAACAUUGAAACUGAGCACAUCUUUCGGUGGAUGACCUCGCAUCUUUCCCGUCGAAUCAAAACCGUCCGUCGGUCCGCUCAGCUACGUAAGGAGUGGCGCUCUGACCCAGCUCAUCCAAUCAAGAUGUUUCUGUUCUCUCAUCUGGCCCAACCUCCUGCCUUCUUCUCUUCGCUGUCGGUGAAGUUCACCGGCAGAAUCGAGUUUAUUUUUGUGGAUGUACGUCACUGGGACAACCAGAGCUUCCUCUUAGACAUUGGUGUGACACGGAGCCCUGCUUAUAUACUUAAAAUGCCAGAGGGCAUCUAUCACUAUGGUAACAGUACCGGGGAGUUUCUGUCUCUUGCUGCCAUGGAUACAUUCCUACGUUCGGUCCAACCAGAAGUCAAUGAUUUAUUUGUCCUCAGCCUGGUGCUCAUAAAUCUACUGGCAUGGAUGGAUCUCUUCAUCACACAGGGAGCAACAGUCAAACGAUUCGUUGUGCUGAUCAGAACACUUGGAACCUACAACUCCGUAGUAUUGGUGUCUUGGCUUCCUGUUUUGGCUCUCUUUCAGCUUCCCUAUCUGGACACUCUGUAUGGUUACAGUCUGAAGUUGAUACGUUAUGCGGACACCACCACGUUUGCAAGUUUAGUGAGAGCCGACUGGACUUUUUUCUCAUCCCAUCCAGCUCUCUUUCUGUCCACGUACCUGACCUAUGGCUUGCUGAUUGACUACUUUGAGAAGAAACGCCGCUGUUGUUCCAGAAACCAGGAGGACAGCACCACCAACCUGGAGUGGUUAGCCAGUCUGUGGGACUGGUACGCCUCUUUUCUGCUUCACCCCAUCGCCUUAGUGCAACAGUUCCCAUCGGAUCACUCGGAAUGGGAGGACGAUCCCAGCUUUUUAUUUGAGCGAUUGGCUUUCCCGGAUCUCUGGCUUCGCCCGCUAGUGAAUGUAGACUAUUUAAAAUCUCUUCCGACAUGGAAGGUUAGAGCUUUUGUUCACCAAAGCCAGGAUGUUUCUUGUGUCCAUCAAGACAAUGAACAUGACAUAUCGGAAAUGAGCAGCCAGAGGCCGACAGAUUCCUCUCCUGCUGGCACAAACAGACUUCCACACAUCUGCUCAAGGCACACAGGGUGUCUGUGCAAUCAGGUUAGCAGCAGACUCCCUGGUUUGCAUGGGGACCCAGAUGCCAACAGUAGCCAUCAGUGUGCAGAAUCUGCCCCUCUUUCCCCAUCCUGCUGCUGCUGUAGAAACGAAAGCCUCCAAACAGUUGAAAAAUCGCCGGAAGAGGGUGGCAGCAUUCCCAAAAAAGUCUCUGAUGAUCAGGAUUGUGAUUGUUGCGGGUGGCCCAGCGGCAUGCUUCCUUGCACAGAGUGCGUGGUGUGUCUAGAAAACAUUGCGAAUGAGGAGCUUCUCAUGGGGCUGCCCUGCGGCCACGCCUUCCACCAGCAGUGCAUUGUGAUAUGGCUGAUGGGAGGGAAGCACUGGUGUCCCAUAUGUCGCUGGCCCAGUUACAAGAAAAAACGUAACAUAGUCCCACCAAGCACUUCCACUGAAAACACCUUGUUGAAUUGAUCUGUUUGUACAACUAAACGCUUCGCCUCUCCUUUUGAAGCUUACUGAACAAUUGUCAUGUUUUACUGUCAGUUAAUCAGAUUCAAUAUGGACUGGUAAGGUCAUAAAAAAGCAUUAAUAAAUAAUAAUUGCUGUCAUCAUGGCCUAUAAAUCAUUUUGAUUUAACUCCUUACGUCUAUAUUAAAUGACCAUCAUGAAAGGUGAAACGGAUGAGACCAGGUGACGCCAUUUUCUGUGUCAAAGGUCCAUCAGGACUGUAAAAGUAGAAAAACCUUGGUGUAUCUGUUUAGAUUAUAGUCUACCCUCUGUAUAUUUAUAAGGAAAUCCGCUUCUGGCCAAAAUAAUAAAGAAUAAUCUUCCAGAUUAAAUCUGUC